AUGGAUCCGCUGGUGGGGCGAGAGGCGGAGAUCGAGCGUACGAUCCAGAUCUUGGCCCGGCGCCAGAAGAACAAUCCUGUGCUCAUCGGAGAGCCCGGUGUUGGCAAGACAGCCAUCGCGGAGGGUCUGGCUUACAAGAUCGCCACGUCAGACGUGCCGGAAUACUUGGUUGGGAAAAAGAUCAUCCAGCUGGACCUUGCAAUGUUGCUUGCCGGCACGAAGUACCGCGGAGAAUUCGAGGAGCGCCUGAAGAACGUGAUCAAAGAGGUCUUGGACUCUGAGCGCAACAUCAUUCUGAUGAUCGACGAGAUCCACACCCUUGUUGGUGCAGGUGGAACCGGGGACGGAGGUGGCGGUGGUGCAAUUGAUGCAGCCAACAUCAUGAAGCCUGCCUUGUCACGAGGAGAGCUGCAGGUAAUUGGUGCGACUACCAAUGAAGAGUACCGAAAGUACGUGGAAAAGGACAAGGCUCUGGAGAGACGCUUUCAGCCGGUGAAGGUGCCAGAACCCACGGUCGAAGAGACGGUGCAGAUUCUCACAGGCCUGGCGCGGAAGUACGAGGCGCACCACAAGCUGAGGUACUCGGAGGAGGCUUUGGCGGCCUGCGUGAAGCUGGCGUCGCAGUACGUGCAGGACCGGUAUCUGCCCGACAAGGCAAUUGAUGUCAUGGACGAGACGGGCGCACGAGUGCAGCUGCGACAGAAUGCUGACAUCCCGCAAGAGGCAAUGGAGGCACAGAUUCGGGCACAAACCUUGGUCUCCGGUGAUCAGAAAGUCAAGCAAAAAUGGAGUGGGGCAGAAGCUGCACAUAGGCUCGGAAAGAGCUCCGGGAAAUGGAAGCGAAGAAGGAGGAGGUGGCUUGCACAUCGCUGA